GAGAUCAAUUUCUAGAUGAGUUUACGUGCACUUUCUAAUCUCUUCAAUUUAUCAGUGCAAUGUUUGUUCAGUUCAGUGAUUUCACCUUAGAAUUUUAAUUUUCCAUUUUCCCGUAACUUUUUGCCUCCGGCGGCUGUUCAAUUGUGCUAUUUGAUAUCUCCAGAAUUCCUAAUGGCUUACCAACCUGCGAUUGCUUCCAUCAUCCUUCCCAACCUUGGUGGGUGGGCUAACGGCCUAUACUUCGCCGGACAGAUCCGCAAGGACCCCGGCCAGAAGUCCUGGUACGAUGACCUGAAGAAGGCUCCAUGGAACCCUCCCAAGUGGGUGUUUGGACCCGCCUGGACUGUUCUUUACAGCGGCAUGGGUUACGCCUCCUACUUAGUUUAUGAAGAGUGCGGUGGAUUCGUAGACGAUGCAGUUUUGCCUUUAUCGUUGUACGGAGGCCAACUGCUGCUUAACUGGUCGUGGACGCCCAUCUUCUUCGGAAUGAAAGACUUCAAACUGGCGUUCAUAGAAAUAUCUGUGCUGUCCGGCGCGGCUUUGGCGACCACCAUCGCCUUCUUCAACGUCAACAAAACCGCCGGCUGGCUGAUGGUUCCGUACCUCGCGUGGUUGGGAUACGCCUCAUCCUUGAACUACUAUAUCUGGAAGAACAACCCUAGCGGUGCCACCAUCAAGGAGAUUAAGGAUGAGAAGGCUAACUAAAGAUGAAUCCAGCACACGCCGUUUUAAUGUCUAGUUCAUUUAACUUAAGAUUGUUUUAUUAAGGCUUUUCACUACAAAGCAAUAUUCAACGAAAAAUUUCAUGUUCUGUAAAAAUCAGUCAAACGCUUGUCUGUCUUUGUCACUCACGUUUACGUCUCAGCAUGGGUGAGAGAGAUGGAUAGAGGCAAUAUUACAAAAUGCUGAUUUAAUAUUAAGUGAAUAAAGGUCUAUUAAAACCAGUCAUUAUUAAACGCUAAGUAUAAAUGUUAGUCGUUUAUAUGCAGACAGGUGGCGUUACCUCAAAGUUGGUGACACACUAGGG